CAUCCUUGUGUAGAAAGAAAAUGAAAAAGAAAGAUGCCAAAACAAACUUAAAAUUAGAGGUAUCAAAGAAAUCCUACUCAUUACCUCCAAAACUCUAUGAUAUGAUUCCUUCAAUUUCCCAAACUGAAAGCAAAAUGUUUCUCUUUUAAACUAAACAAACCCAUUUCUCAAUAUUCCUUUUGCAACCUCUUGCCUUUUUUUUUUUUUUUUUUUCUAUCUUUCUGUUGUAACUCUUAUUCGCUUGUGCCAGAAAUUGAUCAUUUUUAAUGAUGUUAUAAUAAGUGAAACCCAGAACAAAGAAAAAUUGAAGAAUCGAGUACGACUCUAAUUUCCCAACAACGUGAAGUUUGUAUUUCAAUGUUAGUUCAAGUAUGGAAAGGAAUGGUGAAUUGGUUUGGGUUUUUAUUGCGUUUGAUUCUUCAGAGCAUUAGAGGCAUACCUUCAAUGGCUCAAAUGUUACUUUCUUAUGUUGGUUUUAGAUAUUCUGCUUCUUCUUCUUCUUCUUCUUCUUCUUCUUCUAAGCCUUUGCCUCUUGCUGAAAUUCCUUUGCAUCAGACGCCACAGCAAAUUAGUGUCUCCCCUGAGGUCAGUGAUGCUGAUGAUGAUGGAUUCGGUCACACCGCAGAAAAGCUCACAGUUGUACUCGACUUGGAUGGAACACUUGUUUGUGCAUACGAAACAUGUAGCUUGCCUGCGAGUAUUCACACUCGAGCAAUACAAGCUGGGUUGAAGUGGUUCGAGUUGGAAUGUAUCACUUCUGACAAGGAAUGUGAAGGGAAGACAAAGAUUAAUUAUGUGACUGUGUUUGAACGACCUGGUUUACGAGAGUUCUUAAAACAGAUUAGUGAAUUUGCUGAUCUUGUUUUGUUUACGGCUGGUCUUGAAGGUUAUGCUAGACCAAUUGUUGACAGGAUAGAUACGGAGAACCGAUUUAGCCUACGUCUUUAUCGGCCUUCGACCAUCAGCACGGAAUAUAGAGAACACAUGAAGGAUUUGUCUUGUUUGUCAAAAGAUCUUUGUCGAAUUGUAAUUGUCGAUGACAACCCAUUCAGUUUCUUGCUCCAACCACUGAAUGGAAUACCGUGUAUGCCUUUCUCUGCUGGACAACCAUAUGAUAAUCAGCUUUUGGAUGUCCUCCUUCCGCUCCUCAAGCACCUCUCCCUGCAAAAGGAUGUUAGGCCUGUACUUUUGGAAAUGUUCCACAUGCCUGAAUGGUUUCAAAUGAAUGGAAUUCCUGCUUCUUCUUUGGUUAUGUAGGAAUAAGCAAGUCCAUUUUUUUUUUUAGUUUUGAGAUAUUAGUGAUUAUUGUCCGGCCGCCAGAGAAGAUAUAUGUUUCCACGGUAACAUUUUGCCACUGCGUACCUCCAUUUGUUGUGCGUCUCUGCUUGGAAACCAACGACUGGAAUAUUUCUAUAAUGCAUAAGGUCGCAAAGGUUUAAUUAUUAUGACUUGAAUCAGCUUUAUUCUUUUGUAAUUAGGCGCACUGCUGACACUGCCACCAGUACUGAUGAAUUUGGAGGUUCUGCAAUGCCUUCUUUGUAUGGCGUUUGAUAGAAAUAGCAUUUAGUUGGCACUGUAAAAGCAUUAGAAAUAAUUAAUUUCAGCAGUAAAAGUGUUGCCGUAUUACUGCACGAACGAUCUAAUCACCCAAAAACUAUAAUUGGAGCAAAAGUUAGAAUUCCUAACUUUCUCCAAAUCAUGGUUUUCAGAUAGUAGCUUCUUAAAAAGAACAGAAGUUAAUUUGAAAAGCUGUACCAGAUUUGAUCAAGUUGCAGGGAUAACGUUUAGAAUGAUAAAUUGUGAAGCCUGGCCAGAAUUUGAUGAUUAUUUGUUUUCGCUGUAGUAAAAUGCAUUCGCCUUUAUAAGCGAAAAAAGAAAAAGAAAAAAACUACUUCACAGUGAGUAGAAUUUAAUGGAGAGUAAGGUUAGAUAUGGACUCUU